UUAGCCUUGGACAGUUGUUGGCCUUUUUAAGUGGAUAUUUAGCGAUUUGCGGCGAAGUGGUUAGUUGUGUGGCUAAAGGCUGUUCCGCGUAUCGCGGAGAAACUGUGUUGGUGCAGCAAGAAGAAGACGCCUGUGGGAAGUGGUGGAAGAGGGCGCCAAAUAGGAAGUAGAGCACAAAGAUGGACUUCAUCGCUCAACAAACCUCCGAACAAGCUGGUGGACGUCGAACUCGCGAAUGACUCGGAUGUAUCACCGAGAUGGAACAAGCCCACGGUUGGCCCUCGACGAAGGCUGAAAACAUGGAUCCAGACAAGGUGAGCAUAUGGCCGCGUAUGGAGCCUUUCCUCCUCGGUGCACUUCAGGUGGCCCCGUCCUCCAAGCUCAGCCUGCAUUACCUUCGUAAGAUGGCCACCUACGUGCGCACCCGCGAUGGUUGCUUCCCCUCUUUGCCGUGGCCCAUGUGGAGGCACAUCGCAUGUGGGAAGCUGCAGCUUUCAGAAGAGCUGGCGUGGCUCUAUUUUGAAACCUUUGACCUCUUUACUAGCCACUUGCCAGAGGACCGACUGGAGUGGGCAGAGUGUCUUUCCCAGUGUUCUAGUAAAAUUGAGCUUGACCAGCAGAGGAAUAAGAUGUCCGUGGACACGCUGCAGUUUCUCCUCUUCCUCCACAUCCAACAGCUCAACCGUGUGUCUCUGCGUAACUCGCUCAUUGGGGAGGAGUGGCCCAGCCAUCGCACACGCUCCCCGUGUCCGUCGGAACGUGAGGCCAAGACCAGCUCCCAGAACAAGAACUGGGACGACCAGGCCCACCUGUCCUUUGUGCAGAGCCACCUGGUGGAGCUUCUCGAGCUGCUGGUAGAGCCUGAUCAGCUGUCUGAGUCUGGAAUGGUCCCGCGUGACUGUCAGAUCUCUCUGGAGGCCGUGCGCAGCCUGGGCCUGCUCCUGGAGGGUUCGGUGCACCCGGGCAGGGCUGUCCAGCCCGUCUAUAGGUUGCUGAGUAAAGGUCCGCUCCAGACGCAUGCGGGCUACUCUGCGCUCAGCCAUUCCUUCCCUCUGCACCAGCUCAUCUCCUGUCUUCAACAUAAUCUCACCCUCAAUCCCUUUGGGAUGACCUCUUGCCUGCGCUCUGGGAAGAAGCUAGCUUGGGCCCAACAAGUGGAGGGGGCCAUGAAGCGCGCCAAAAUAGCCCGAAACACUCACAUGGCCCCAGCAGGUAGCAAGAUGGUACUCAUGUCUCAGGUUUGCAAGCAGACCCUGGCCAAGACCUCUGACAAGAUGACAGGAGCCAACAUCAAGAUCCACCGAUGCUCUGACGCCUUCAUCUACCUCCUCUCGCCUCUCAGGUCGGUUAGUGUGGACAAGUGCAGAGAUUGCACGGUGGUCCUUGGUCCAGUGGAGACCAGUGUGCAUGUGCACUGCUGCCAGAAUGUGCGGCUGGUGUGCGCGGCGGGCAGGGUCGUUAUUGGGGCCUCGUCACGCUGCACGCUCCACGCCAUGACGCCCACACGCCCUCUACUUCUGCCCGGCAGCGCUGACAUCACCCUCGGCCCCUUCCACACUUUCUACCCCUCCCUGGAGGACCACAUGGCCAGUGUAGGGCUGGCGGUGGUCCCCAACAUGUGGGACCAGCCCCUGCUGCUGGGGACCGACCCCAUCAAGCCCUCCGCGAACCCGGAGCCGGCUUGCUACUGUUUGCUGCCCCCAGAGGAGUUCCACAUGCUGGUGGUGCCUUUCCACAUUAAGGGGGACACGUGCGAGGUACCGGGUGGGUUGGCGCCCCGCUAUCAGGCAGCACUCGAUGACAAGCAGAAGAGGAUACAAAAAUGGCAGAAGACUGUGAUGGAAGCCCAGCUGAACAAGGAGCAGAAGUCCAAGUUCCAGGAGCUGGUGGAGGCAAAGUUCCACGAGUGGCUCCUGGAGACGGGACACCGGCAGGAACUGGACAGCCUGAUCCCGCCUCCCGCUACCUCCCCGCAGGUCUCCAACGGCGCCCCGGCGGACGAGCCUCCGGCGAACAACAUCACGUACAUUAAGACGGGGGCGGUGGGACAGUCUCCUAUGGCUUGUUGAAUUGUAGUCUUCCUCACGCCUCAGUGGUGUUUAUUUUAAAUGAAGUAGAAGCAGUCAUGGACAUUCAUAGAAUUAAUAUUUUGGGAUAAAAGUUGAACCCAGGGCCCCUUUGUUGUUUGAAUGUGUUGACAACUGGCAAAUUGUGCAGACCAAAUGCUGUUUUCUGCAUUUGAACUAUUCAAAUGCAGUUAAUUCAGCUGUUUUGAUGAACAUCAUGAUAUAUUAAUAUUGUAUGAAUAUGAAUACGACGAGCACUCAGUAGAGCCCAGACUUCCAGCAAAACCUAAAAUACAACAUUUAACUGACAAUGCUCAGAACAUAAACUAUUUAAAAACAUCUGAAAUUUAGUAUGGCCUUUGGGGGAUUUAAUAAAAGUUAAUAUGGCUGAGAAGAAAAUGCUUCCAAUCCUUGAUGUAAUCAAAAUACCCACUUUCAUGUCUGAAUUUUCUCAUUAGGAUUCAUGUUUUCUUGAAUAAUCCUACUUUUCAAACAAAAAUAACUGUUCCUGUAGUUAGUUUGGAUUUUUACACUGGAUUGUAAAUGUUUUGCAGGUCCUAUUGACUGUGAUCAAUAUGAAUGUGCUGAUUUACUCAUCUGCCAACCAACCAACAUGUGCUUCAAAGUAUAUAUUUUUUUAUCAGUCACUAGUGGAAAUAAUAUAUUUUUGUAUUAUUUCAUUCAUCCUAAAGGCCUCUUUGUUAGCACUUCAUACCUUCAAUAUGUCAAGGUUAGCUUCCUUUGUACAGUACAUAGUGGGCCACAAAAAAAAAUCAUGUUAUUGCAUCGGAGACUUAACUGUAAAAACAAAUGAAUACUGAUUUCACACACUUCUAUGCAGCUUUUAAACUGUUAUGUUUUCUCAAAAGCAAAAAAUAAAGAUCCUCACAACAACGUAUAAGUGUCUUCCAAUGUGGAAUAAUACACAUUUUGCAUUCUUUAU